AUGGGAUACUGCCUGAUUCUCACACUUGCAGAUUUGAAUAAGUUAACUAAGGGGCUAGUGAUAUCAGGUGUUAGGGAGACCUCUGCAUUGGCCACAAUUAAAGAAGAAAAGGAAGAUUUAAAUGGCUUGAAUGGUUAUGAUAUUUGUAAUCUCGAACUUCAGAUAUUAUCUGUUCUUGGAUAUCAGUCAGAUUCCCACAGCGAACAAUCAGUUUCAAGUGAAGAUAACGUGGAUGCAAAUAAAGGAAAGCGGGGUAAGACAAGAUUACCAAAGCUUUUAAGGGAUACUAAUGGUGAAAGGCGGACUGUUACUUAUGAUGAAGCCAACCAAGCAACCGGUAAAAAUGGUUGCUUGCUCUCAAGUUACAUAGGCAGCGAAGUUGGUCCAAGUCUUGGACUGAAGUAUACCUGUUGGAAAGAAGUUCCACCUGUAGUGAAGAAAAAGUUAUGGGAGGACGUAACGUUUAAGUUUGAUCUCGACGAAUCAAAGAGGAAAGAUGUAUUGAGACAAUUUUCUGACUUGUGGCGAGGAUGGAGGAAACGAACUGCUGCAAAGCAUGUUACCCCAUUCGAAAAAAGCCGAAAAAAGCUUAAGAAUGUUCCUUCAGAUUUAAGAGGUUUUGUAGAACAAGAAGAAUGGAAAGAGUUUGUAAAACGGAGAUUGAGCGACAAAGGCAAGGAGUUGUCUGAAAUUGGCAAAACGGUACAAGCUCACCACAAAUAUCCGCAUAGGAUGGGACGAAGGACCUAUGCUGGAUUAAAGGACAAACUGAAAAGAGAAGGAAAGUGGACAAGUGAUUCACCCCCUCCACGAGAAUUAUUAUGGAUACUUGCACGCCAAAAUGAAAAUGGGGAGUAUAAGACUGAUGAGAUUGGUGAAGUUGCUGCUCAAAUUGAUGACUGCUCGAAAAAGAUCAAAGAGGGUACAAUUGUCUGUGAAGGUAAGACAGAUGCCCUUGUAAAGAUUUUGGGUGAAGAACAUGGUGGAAGAGUAAGGGCUGCAGGUACAAGAGUGACCCAUAAGAACUGGAAGAGCAACUAA